AUGGCAACACGCGUGCUCCCACAAAAAAUCGUCAAGAAUCUCCGUUUCCAAAAAACCACCAAGCCACUAAACUCCCCUCGUCCCGCGACGGCCGCCGUCGCCGCCACGCUUCUCGAGAAACAACCACAACCGGCGACAACAACACCACAACCACCAUCGCAAUCAUUUUUCUCUCUCGACUUAAACAAUGCUGAGAAACUCUUCUCGACUGUACCAACGUCCACGCUAAUUCGAUCCUCAGCCGUUCUGCAUGCGACGGCGGUAGGACCGAUGGUGGACGUUGGCAUAUGGGCUUUACAAUCGAGGUUGUUACAGAAAGGAAUUAUGAAAGAUGCGGUUAUGGCAGUUACGAAGAAAACAUUCUUCGAACAUUUUUGUGCGGGGGAGGAUGCUGCUGCUGCUGGACGGAGUAUACGGUCGGUUAAUGAUGCUGGCUUACGUGGCAUGCUUGUCUAUGGUGUUGAAGAUGCGCACGAUAACGAUGGUUGUGAUCGUAAUCUUAAUGCCUUUCUUCAUACCGUUGAUGUUAGCAAAUCGCUUCCUCCUUCAUCUGUGAGUUUUGUAAUUGUGAAAAUCACUGCAAUAUGUCCAAUGGCAUUACUAGAAAGAAUGAGUGAUCUUCUAAGAUGGCAACAAAAAGACCCUUCAUUUGUUCUACCAUGGAAACAAGAUUCUCUACCAAUUUUCUCCGAAUCAAGUCCAUUAUACCACACUCCAAACAAACCAGAACCAUUGACACAACAAGAAGAACAUGAUCUUCAACUUGCAAACCAAAGAUUACAACAACUUUGUCAUAAAUGUGUCGAAUCAAACAAGCCGUUAUUAGUUGAUGCCGAACACACUACUGUUCAACCGGCUAUCGAUUACUUCACGUAUUCUUCUGCGAUUGUUCAUAACAAAGAUGAUAAUCCUAUUGUGUUUGGAACAAUUCAAACUUACUUGAAAGAUUCUAGAGCGAGAUUGUUUCUUGCGACACAAGCUGCUGAUAAAAUUGGUAUUCCAAUGGGGUUUAAGUUGGUUAGAGGUGCUUAUAUGUCUAUGGAAAGUAAAAUAGCUGAAUCGUUUGGAUAUGGUUCCCCGAUUCAUGAGACUAUUCAAGAUACACAUGAUAACUUCAAUGAUUGUUCGGCUUUUUUGCUUGAGAAGGUUGGUAAUGGACGUGGUUCUGUCGUUCUUGCUACACACAAUAUUGAAUCAGGGAAAUUGGCGGCUGCAAAAGCAUAUGAAAUUGGGAUUGAAAAAGUGAAUCACAAGCUUGAAUUCGCGCAACUAUGUGGAAUGUCGGAUGCGCUUUCAUUUGGUUUGAGCAAUGCCGGGUUUAGGGUUAGCAAGUAUAUGCCAUUUGGACCGGUUGAGAUGGUUAUGCCAUAUCUAUUGAGAAGGGCUGAGGAGAAUAGAGGGCUUUUGGCUGCUUCUGGGUUUGAUAGGCAACUCAUAAGAAAGGAGUUGGGAAGGAGGAUAAAAGCUGCAAUGUUUUAA